AUGAACGAGGACGAGCUUGUUGACAUUUGUACAUUCUUAAAAUGCGAUCCUUCAAAUCCCCUAGACCCAAAUUCCGAAUCAAACGGACCUUGCUACUUUCCAAAUCCGUGUAGCUCGGAGCCCUACACGGGACCACCGUUUCCAAGAGAGAAAGUUCUAGAAGAGCUGAAAACGAGGAGUCUGGAAGGGUAUAUUGAGCACUGCCUGCUCUCUGGAGAUCAACAAAUGUUGGUGAUCAUGAAAAAUGUGCAAUCGAUUUUGGAGAAAACUGGAAAUGAGCAACAACGAGCCGUGUUUGGGGACCAGGCGGAAGUGGCAACGAAUAUUGCGGAGCAUUGUUGGCCCCAUUUCGAGAGCAUCAAAACUUUUCAAAAUUUCAGGACCAUCAUGAUCUCCAAAAUUUUGCUGAUUUUCCUGAUAUUCAUAUUUCUAAACCCUCAAAUUAAUUGCGCCGAAGUCCUAAAAAUGCUGAAAAUCUUUGGAAAAGUCCUGGAUUUUGAUUUAAUCGAGGGGAAAUUCGAUGAAAAUUGUACGCAGACAUGUUUUUCGGAUUCUGAUUGUAUUUUGGCAUUUUUCAAUCAAAAUUCGAAUUAUCAAUUAUUUUUUUACAAUUCGACGGAAACUUUGAAAGUCGAGGAAACCAAUCGAGACGAUGGAUUCUUUGUGUCUUUUAAGACAAAAAUCACAACCUCAGAUCCAGAUUUCUGCCCAAUUGAAUCUGAAAUUUCUCCCCAAAUCUUCCUAGGAGAGGAUCCAAUUUCAUGGACCAAGACCUCCGAUUCCACGUGGCAAUUCAAUAAAUGUGUGGGAAAUUGGAAAAUGUUCAAAAGAACAGAUCCAGAUAUUACUGUAUGUAUGCAGGUGUUCUUUAUAAAAAAAGGAACAACUCAAAAGGAGGCAGAGGAUUACUGUAGUUCAAUGGGAUAUAAAGUAACUGGUGUGGCAAGUGUAAACGAGACUAAGUGGAUUUUUGACAACGCUGGGAAAUGGCUCCCACAAUGGGAUUACUAUCAAGGAGUCUGGAUAGAUGGAGAAAGAAAAACUCCAGGAAUGAAUAAUCAAGCCGUCCGAGCUGGAAAACUGUUUGGUGGUGUCUAG